GUCUAUGGUCCACUGACCCCCCCGCCCCCUCCCUCCCAGACAAUAUGUGGUGCCUUCAGCUGCUGUUGCCCUUGUUGAUGAUCAUUAAAGACGUCAGUUCCCAGUGGAACGUCUGGAUGCCGCGGGACAUCUCGACCAUGACCAACUCCUGCGUGGUCAUCCCGUGCACCUUCAUGUACCCCUCGGGCGUGCGGCCCUACCGGGGCGUGCACGGCAUCUGGUACUUCGGCCAGCCGUACCCGCAGUUCUUCCCGCCGGUGGUCUUCAAGUCGCGCACGGACAUCGUGCACGAGAGCUACAAGGGCCGCACGCGGCUGCUGGGCGACCUGGCGCAGCGCAACUGCACGCUGCGCAUCGGCAGCGUGGGCACCGAGCACGCCGGCCGCUACUACUUCCGCGCCGACCUCGGCGGCGCCAACAUCUUCACCUACCCGGACUUCUCCGAGCUCAAGGUGCUCGACCAGCCCAACAUCGACGUCCCCGAGGAGAUCGUGAGCAACGCGAACCUGGAGCUCACGUGCUACGCGCCGGACAACUGCCCGGACGUGAGCCCCGAGAUCACCUGGCUGCACGCGGAGUACCUGCCCGACCCGCAGUUCAGCUCCGACUACCUGGAGGAGAGCAACACGGCGGUGCUGUCCAGCACGCUGGCCUUCGUCCCCCGGCCCAUGCACAACGGGAUGAUGCUGGGCUGCAGGGUGCACUUCCCCAACACCACCUUCGCCUACGAGAGGCUCAUCACCCUCGACGUCAAGUACCCCCCUCGCUCGGUGUGGGUGAACGUGACCCAGGAGGUCAUGGAGGAGAGCUCGGUGACCCUGUUCUGCGAGGUGGACAGCAACCCCGUCCCGCGUGUCAGCUGGUUUUUCGAGGGGGAGGUGCUGCUGACUGAAACGGCCCUCAACGCCACGCUGGUCCUGGAGGGCCUGGACCCGUCCCAAGAGGGCCUGUACACCUGCAUGGGGGACAAUGGAUACGGCACCAUGAACAGCUCCAUGUACCUAGCUGUCAAGUUUCCUCCUCGGGAGCCCUGGGUGAACAGCUCUCAGACGGUGCUGGAGGGCUCCUCCCUGUCUCUGUACUGCUCAACGCAGGGUAACCCCCCCCCCACGCUCACCUGGCUGAAGGACGGCGUGCUGGUGGGGACCAUCACGGCGGAGGAGGUGUCGGUGCUGGAGCUGGAGGACCUGACGCCCCAGAGCGACGGGGUGUACCGCUGCCUAGCGGAGAACGAGCACGGGCGAGCCAGCAGCUCGCUCAACGUCACCGUCGAGUUCGCUCCGGUCUUGCUGGAGGAGUCCAAGUGCACGGUGGUGAGGGAGGGGGUCCAGUGCGUCUGCAUCGCCUCGGGCAACCCCGAGCCCACGGUGGAGUUCCACCUGCCCGACCUCAACCUCACCGUCAACGAGUCGGAGAGGCGCUUCAGCUUCUACGCGCACACGGACGGCCACACCACCACCGGCAUGAUCAAGCUCCGGGAAAAGGCCCACCAGGGCGGCGACGGAGGGGCCGGGGUCAACGUGCACUGCAGCGUCAGCAACGUGUACGGCUCCGACACCGUGCGCCUGGAGCUGCAGCAGGAGAAGAAGUACAUGAUGGCGGUAAUCGUGGGCACCAUUGGUGGAGUGGCGGUGAUCGCUUUCAUCAUCGCAGCCGUGAGAUACGUGGGCCGUAACAACAAGAAAGAGAAUGGAAACCCGGGGCAGCUGGAGAACCCCUCCCUGUUCUACAGUGCAGUCAAGAAGGACAAACAGAGUCUGAGGAAGAAAGUGCUAAAGACCGAGCUUUUGGGGUCAAAGUUUAGCUCGAUCCUAGAGGAGAGCUCCACGGGAGAAGACGGCGACUACCAGCCGGUGAGUGCCAUGGCGGCGCUGGAGAGGCAGGAGCUGAACUACGCCGCCCUGGAGUUCAUGGGGGUGCGGCCGCGGGACGGGGCGUCAGCGCAGGGGGACGACGGCAGCGACUACACCGAGAUCAAGGCCAAAUGAAUCCCACUGCUCCCCUGACGCCCCCGUCCCGUCUGUGACACAGGAGGCCCUGCCCUUUCUCCUGCCUCUCCUUUAGUCCCCCUUCCCGCUCCCUGACCACGCCUCUCCCCCCACCCCCACCAGCCCCGCCCCCCUCCACCCCCUCAACAAAAAUCCCACCCAGCCCUUUACGUCCAAUUUGCAACGCUGUGUCCUUCCUCCAGUCAUUCUCUUUGUUAUAGUGAGCGCACUGGCCGUCUAAAAGCCGUCCACCAGGGGGCAGCGAUCCCACUGGACAGUCUAAAAGCUUCAGAUGCUGGUCCUCCUGGUUGUCCUGCCCGAUGCUGUGCGGUUGCUAAGGCGUCCGGUUCUUCGCCUGGGGGUCGAACCCCAGACCGAGGCUGCCCGUUUCCGCUUCUCACACCUCUCUUAGCGUGUGCGUCCGUCCCGUCCCGUCCUGUACCGUCCCGUCCCAUCUCUCCAUCGUCUUUAGCUCCGCCCCUUGCCCCUCCCACUCAGGAUCUGGCGUCCUGCCCCCGACGCCCCCUGUGUCAGGCGUUAGUUGCAGCAUCAGAGACCCAGGGCGUGACAAUGUCCUUCACUUCCACACCUUCACUUCCACAUCCUAUGUCCCAUCUUGGUCCAAGAGGCACGCCCCACCCCACCCCACCCCACCCCACCUCACCUCCCGUCCUCUCCCCACCCCACAAAAAAGAUGUGUCAGGUUUUUCCCCACCUCGAGCACACCCUCCCUCUGUGGGACAGGGUCACCUCUGCACCCCCUGCCCGUUUGCCCGCGUGAUCUCGUAAGAGGCCGUGGUUUCCCCACGGGUGGGUGGUGUGUGUGGAUCGGUGUAGACGGGACGGCUGAUGGAUGGCAUUUUGGAGUGCGUGUGAUGUUGGGGAGGGGGGGAGCUUUUGCUUGGUAAAGGGCAGUUGAUCUCUGGAAGGGGCGGUCACGUUCUAAUUGGCCAGGACUUGCGGAGUGCUGAUUGGUCAGGGUGAACGCGACUCUUCAGUUUAAAAACACCUCUGCUCCAUUCUCCCUUCACGUCCACGGGCAGACAUUUCUAUGAUUGUCGUUGCUCACAUUUACUUUUACACACAUGAAAAUAUGUCUGUAAGUUACCCCUCAGUGAACUCCUAGCCCCUGCUGUGUGUGGUUCAAAUCUCUCUCUCUCUGUCUCUCAAAAGAAACUAAAAACAUUUUUUUCAUUAAAUGAAUCGUUUUUAGUAUAAGUUACUGGUUUUCUUGUCUCUUAUCCCACUUUUGGGAGAUAGUUUCACCUGCCUCAGAUUCAGGGAAAACCUGGAACACCUCCUUAGUGUAUUUAUUACUAGCAACAAAGCAAAGCGCAUUUCAUCCAGGCAAUGAGUACACUCAAAAAUAUCUGAUUCUUCCACUUUAGGAGUACCUGAAAGCUGGUAGCAAAUAGUGUAAAGUGUAUAUGCCUGGUUAUCCCUUUAUCCAAAGGUGCAUCUUAUAAAUAGGCUUUAAAAUGGUUUUAAAAACAUAACCGUUGCUUAUUAACUGCUGCCAUGAGGUGUUUUUCAAUUUUGGGCAAUGUGUAAUAAGAUAACAUUAGAUAUUUUAACCUUGCAUAGAAUAUAUUUAGGUUACACAAAUCUUCAAAAGGAAUACUUCAGCCAUAUCUGUGAUCUGUAAAAUCACUUUAUACAUUCUUCUAACAUGAUGCUCUGUUAUUGCACUAAUAAAUAUUUCCAACAACAGUUUGUAAAGCAUUAAUAAGCAGUACAUUGAGAGGGUAAAGAGAUAUCAUGUAUCCAUGUAAAUACCUUGCACAAUGUUAUCAGUGUUAAAAAUGCCAAUCUUCCAAUGCGUUCCAUAAAAUUCCCUUCCUUUAAUCUACUGCUUAAUUGGGAACAUGAACCUUGAAAAUAUAAGCGUAUACAUACAUUUGUAACAUUUUUUCCUUUAUUUAAAAAUUCAUAGAAUAAUUCUCUCUGUUUUAAUUAUUUAUAGACUCGAAAACAAAACGCGGAGAUGCAUUUUUGUCAGUUCUAAUGUUUUUUUCCAUGUGGUGUGCUGUAAAGCUGAGAUGUAUGUACACGACGGUGUGGUGACCAUAACCCUUAUAAAUGUGCCCGUUUCUUGCUUCUUCAUUGACAAAGUAAUAUAAAAAAUUCGGAAAUCUGCAAAUUAGCAUCGUUUUGCCUGAAGUCUGUAUGCUGUAUCGCUGCUCACCAUCUUUGAUUUCACAUUUUGUCUGGGCUUAAGAAAAAAGAAAAAAAAAAUUUUUUUUUUCAAAAAGACUAAUCUAGAAGAUUCAAAGCAAAACAAAUAAGUGAGAUACUAGGGAACUUGCUGUCUGUGUUUUUUUGUUAACACGAUGGAAUCUUUGAUGUCAGACAAACCACAGCUCUGAUCUUGUUGUGUUUUGUGUGUGAAUUACUGGGCCUGUAGGCCUAUGUGUACAUAUGAUUCCUGUAAUGUAUUAAUCUGAAAGUGUCAAUGAGUUUCUGUAUUGGUAAAUAACACAUUUUCUUUUUCCAAAA